UUAAUUUGGGGAAGAGAAAACCUAAUGAAUCAAGAAUGAGUCCGUUCCCCGCCCCCCUUAAAGUUGCUCUCUGCUCCCGAGUGGCCCAGCCGCCCGGGACGUGCGGGGGCGGGGCCGGCAGCGGCGCGCUGACUCCAGCGGGAGCCGAAGUUGACAUCCAAGGUGCCACUGCGGUGGGGACACUUUCUAAAGCGUCCUCACACCCUGCUGGGCGUUUGCCGCUGCCGCUGUACCUUUUCCGCUCACUUCCUUCUGCUGCUGCUUUGUGUCGCUCUGUCACGCCUGAAUCUAGCUCCUCGCCGCCAAAGGUGCCCGAAGCAGGGAGAAUUCCACGAGAUCCACCAGCGGUUUCGCUCCAGCCCGAGCCCGCCGCCCGCCCCUGGCCGAGCUGGCCGCGCUCAACCUCAGCGGCAGCCGCCUGGCGCGGGUGCACGCCGCUGCCUUCGAGGACCUGCCCAGCCUGCGGCAGCUCGACCUCAGCCACAACCCGCUCGUCCACCUCAGCCCCUUCGCCUUCUCGGGCCUCAACGCCAGCGCCUCGGCCCCCAGCCCCCUGUCGGAACUGAUCCUGAACCACAUCGAGCCCCCCGCCGAGCACCUGGACCCGGAACAGAAACAGAACCAAAGUGUGGAGAGCAUGGUGGCCGCGGCCCUGCGGGCGGGCCGCGCGCUGCAGGGGCUCCGUCGCCUGGAGCUGGCCAGCAAUCACCUUCUCUACCUGCCCAGGGACACGCUGGCCCAGCUGCCUGGCCUCAGGCACCUGGACCUGCGCAACAAUUCCCUGGUGAGCCUGACCUACCUGUCCUUCCGCAACCUUACACACCUAGAACGCCUCCAUCUAGAGGACAACGCGCUCAAGGUCCUUCACAACGGCACCCUGGCCGAGUUGCAAGGCCUGGAGCGUGUCAAGGUGUUCCUGGACAACAACCCCUGGGUCUGCGAUUGUCACAUGGUGGACAUGGUGACCUGGCUCAAGGAGACCGAGAUAGUGGAGGGCAAAGCCGGGCUCACCUGUGCGUUCCCAGAAAAAAUGAGGAAUCACAUUCUUGUGGAACUCAACAUCUCCGACCUGGACUGUGACCCUAUCCUGCCUCCUUCCCUGCAGACUUCUUACGUCUUCCUGGGUAUUGUUUUAGCCCUGAUAGGCGCCAUUUUCCUCCUCGUUUUGUAUUUGAACCGUAAGGGGAUAAAAAAGUGGAUGCACAACAUCAGAGAUGCCUGCAGGGAUCACAUGGAAGGGUAUCAUUACAGAUACGAAAUCAAUGCGGACCCCAGGUUAACAAACCUCAGUUCCAAUUCAGAUGUCUGAGAAACAUUAGAGGACAGGAAAAAGGACAGCUCUGCAUGAGGUGUAGACUUAAGCUUUACCCAUACUAGUUUGCUCCACUUCCCCCCUCCGCUGCAGACAUCACUGACUUUAAAAGCAGUGGAGGGGAUUUGCUUCCUUGUCAUGUAAAGUUUCUUGGUGUGUUCUGUUAAUGUAAAACAAUGAACAACUGUGCAGUGUUAUGCCUUCCUCUUUUCUCGGAACUCCUCGACUCGCGUGGAGGGACUUUCAAGUUUCAGCAUGAACAAGGACUCUGCUGUCUGGUCUCUCUUAGUACAUUGCGAGGUGUAGCACGUGUACCUGCGCAGAUAGCAUUCAACAAAAGCUGCCUCAACUUUUUUGAGAAAAAUACUUUAUUCAAAAAAUAUCAGUUUUAUUCUCAUGUACCUAAAAUUGUGAAGAAAAUAAUUGCAUCCCAUAAACUGCCUGCAGACCUUAGCAAGCUCUAAAAAUAACUCCAUAGUACACAGGAGCACCUGCAUCCCAGAGCAUGCUUGCAUUUUACUGUUCUGCAUAUUACAAAAAAUAACUUGCAACUUCAGAUGACAUCAUUGACAAAGUAAAUUACUUUUUUGAUUGCAGUUUAUAUGAAACUAUUGAAGUUUUUUUUUUUUAUAAACUGCACGGAGAUCCAACAAACUGAAUUGUUAAAAAAAUCAAUAAAGAUUCUUAAAAGAA